AUGGCCGUCUUCAAUAUGCAAACACUCGUCAGUCUUAUCGGCGUCGUUUCUCUCGCAUCUGCAUACCGUGUCCCACCACCCACCAUCACGGCGAAGGAUGCGCACCAGGAUUGCGAUGCCUGGCAUAUCGCCAAAACAGGGGAAUCAUUUGGAUCCAUCGCGAACUUUUACCGGCUCAACAUGGCGCAGUUCAAAUCAUAUAACCCCGCCGUAUGUGUAGACACCGACACCCUCGUCAUGGGCGCUUCAUACUGCAUCAACUACACGCCCAGCCUCCCCACACCCACAACAGCCCUAGAAUGCAACAGCCUCCACUUUGUAGAAGCAUACGACACAUGCUUCGGCAUCUCCACCAUGAACAACUUGACUCUAGCACAAUUCUACGCCAUGAACCCCGCGCUGGAUAACCGGUGCAAGAACCUGUCGUCGAACCAGUAUGUUUGCGUUUCUAGCGCAGUGAAGACGCCCGAGAGGACAGAGGUUGAGGUGCCGGCUGGGCAUGCGCAUUAUAUUUGUGUGGCGAACUGA